CAAGGCCCAAGAGCCACGCUAUUGUUGCUUCUCUGAAAAAAAGGACUCCUGACUUUUAUUGCUGUCAUUUGUUUUUAGUUGUUUUAGAAAAAGAACUCAAGUAACCGUGGUCAUGGAUGAGUAUCUAACAGUUGCGGGUCACUAGAAUCUCCGAUAACCUACUGGACAGACUCACGUUACGUCAGGGAGGAUGGGGUGUAACUGCAGUUCGGAUUACAACGAUGAAGAGUGGAUGGAGAACCUGGAUGAGAUCUGCGAGCACUGCAACUGCCCACUGCCCCCUCAGAAUGACAACCAGUACACAGAGAGCUUGGGUCCGCACCCCUCACAACAAACUCCUCCCUCCUCCCAACUGCCUGAUAACCUGGUCAUAGCUAUAUACAGCUACACCCCCGUCCACAGCGAUGACCUGGGCUUUGAGAAGGGAGAAAAACUGAAAAUCAUCAACACAGAUGACCCUGAGUGGUACCAGGCAGAGUCACUGGCUACGGGCCAGAGAGGGUUUAUCCCUUACAACUUCGUGGGCAGCAUGGACUCCAUGGAGACAGAGCCGUGGUUUUUCAAGAACCUCACCCGAAAUGACGCCAUGCGGCAGCUCCUGGCUCCUGGAAAUACCCAAGGCUCAUUCCUGAUACGAGAAAGCGAAACCACCAAAGGCUCUUACUCCCUGUCUGUGAGGGACCUGGACCCCACCUCCGGCGACACUGUCAAGCACUACAAGAUCCGCAAUCUGGACAAGGGGGGGUUCUACAUCAGCCCCCGGAUCUCCUUCAGUACUCUGCCGGAGCUGGUGCAGCAUUAUUCCCGGGAGGCAGAUGGCCUGUGCACCCGCCUCAAUAAACCAUGCCAGACACGAAUGCCCCAGAAACCCUGGUGGACGGACGAAUGGGAGAUUCCCAGGGAGUCCCUGAAGCUGGAGCGCAGGCUGGGGGCAGGGCAGUUCGGGGAAGUUUGGAUGGGUCUGUACAACAACCACACAAAGGUGGCCAUCAAGAACCUGAAAGCGGGCACCAUGUCCACCAGUGCCUUCCUGGAAGAAGCCAACCUGAUGAAGAACCUGCAGCACCCCCGCCUGGUGCGCCUGUACGCCGUGGUGACCCAGGAGCCCAUCUACAUCAUCACGGAGUUCAUGGAGAACGGGAGUUUGGUGGAUUUUCUCAAGACGACCACUGGAGCCAGCCUACCCAUACACACCCUCAUAGACAUGGCAUCUCAGGUGGCUGAGGGAAUGGCAUUCAUUGAGCAGAAGAACUACAUCCACCGGGACCUGCGCGCAGCCAACAUCCUGGUUGCCGAAGACCUCGUCUGCAAAAUUGCAGACUUCGGUCUCGCCCGCCUCAUUGAGGAUAACGAGUACACAGCCAGAGAAGGUGCCAAGUUUCCCAUUAAAUGGACAGCCCCAGAGGCCAUAAACUUUGGCACUUUCUCUAUCAAAUCCGACGUGUGGUCUUUUGGGAUCCUGCUGACUGAGAUAGUGACAUAUGGCCGUAUCCCUUACCCAGGGAUGACCAACCCGGAGGUGAUCCAGAAUCUCGAGCGAGGGUACCGCAUGCCCAGGCCUGACAACUGCCCUGAGGCACUGUACAACAUCAUGAAUAUAUGCUGGCAGGAGAACCCAGAAAACAGGCCCACCUUUGAGUAUCUGAGGAGCGUACUGGAGGACUUCUUCACCGCUACAGAGCAACAGUACCAGACCCAGCCCUGCUGAGACACAUGGAUGAAGAGACAUGCGGGCAGAAACUCUCACAGACACAAAGACAGCACAAGCAUAGACCUGGCAAUUUACAGACAAAACUCACAGAUGCACUGAUUUACAGACAAAAUCAUGUGGAUGCACUGAUUUGCAGAGAAAAGCGUGAAUGCACUGAUUUACAGAAUCCCACACACAACGAGCAUGCACUCCUUCACACAAACACAUAUGGUGUUAGAAGCAUAACAAUAAGGGCAACUCACUGCAUUUCUUUUUUCAGUUUCCUCUUAAAUGGACUUCAUCCAACUUACUGACAAGAACUUGGCACUCUCUCCUCUGGCAAAAAGUAACGUUUAUGUUUAUGAAGAAUUAACAAGCUCUUUGACAUACACCAUGACAUCCUUGAUCAUCUUAU